AUGCCUUCUCUGCUGAAUUUCGUAGUCUGGUCUUUCAAUCCUCAAUCUUCUCCGCCGUCUCUCCGUUGCCUCUCCGCCGAGCAUCAAUCGCCGGAGAGCAACUUCCAAUUGCAGAAGGCGGCGAACGUCUUAAUGAAGUCAGCAGGUGGUCAAAACCCUAAUGACACGCUGGAUCUUGCUUUUCAGAUAUCAAAUGUGCUUGAUUGUGGGCUCGAUCGCCACACUCUCUCGCUUAUCAUCGCUCUUCUAGACCGUGGAAUCAACCCCGAGCCUCUCUCCGCCCUCAUUCGUGAGCUCUCCUCAUCUGCUUCCCAAUCCCAGACCUCCAACUCUUCUUCGGCUGCGAAACCCUAGAGUGUGAUUUGUAACUAUUUGUGAUUUCGGCAACUGGCAUGUAUUUCUCUCUGUGACAUAAACUGUUUGUGAAAAAACAAGAAGCAAAUGCCAGGGAAUCUAUUCCUUGUUCAAGAUGCAGUUGUAGUGAAGGGCAGUGGAUUCCGGUUCUUAAUGCAUCUAUUAAUUAGGCAGAAGUGGGCCAAUUUAUUUCUAGAUAACUUGUUUGGUUAGUAAGCAUAAAACAUGUUAGCCUUUGAUUCUGUGGAAUUUGUUCCACUUCUCUGAUAAUGUCCUAAAUUCUUCUUCA